AUGACUGGCUAGAAUUAUGAGGAUUAAAUAUACUCAACGAAAGACGCCAUCGAAAUUGUGUGGACUUUAGUCUCUACUGCUAUGAUAUUCUUCAUGUAGAGUGGAUUUGCCUUAGUAGAGGUAGGAAGUGUAAGAGCAAAGAACGCCCAGAGCAUUUUGAUUAAGAAUCUGUGUGAUUCUGCUAUUGGAUGUAUAGGAUUUUGGCUUGUUGGCUAUGCUUUCGCUUUCGGAGACGUAAAGUAUGUGAUUGGCUUUGGAAGUGAUUAUUUCGCAUCAAGCAAUUUCAAGGAAUUGGAGACAGACAACUACAAAUGGUUCAUUUUCUAAUAUUCCUUUGCUGCAACAUCAGCUACUAUAGUAUCAGGUGCUCUUGCUGAAAGAUGCUAAUUAGCUACCUAUUUGUGUUUCUCAUUCUUAAUGACUAGCUUCAUAUAUCCAGUCGUUGUCUCUUGGAUUUGGGCUGACUAAAGUUGGGGAACUGGAUGGCUUAAAAAUAUCGGCUUUAUAGAUUUCGCAGGCUCAGGGGUAGUACAUAUGGUUGGAGGAGUUUGCGCUGUCUGGGGUGCUAAAAUUCUAGGAGAGAGAUAUGGAAGAGAAAAAAUGAGAAGAGUAGAAAAGAUGAGGAGCGAGGGCAGCUUGGGCAAUGUUGAUCAUUACGUAGGUCCUGCUGGUAGAAAUAGCAUUUCCUGGAAUGAUCAUGAAUUCUAGGAGGUUUUAUAGCAUGUCAAGGGAGAUUAUAGAGAGGCAUUCAAAGAAUGGAUUUCAACUCAAUAACCAGAAUUCAAACCUCACAACCCUGCCUUAAUAGUAACUGGUACACUUUUGCUUUGGGUUUGCUGGCUCUUCUUUAAUGGAGGUAGCGCUGUUAUAUUCAGUCCACGCAAAAAUGCUCCAGCCAAGGUUAUUAUGUGCAAUGUUAUCUCAGCAGCUGCUGGAGGUUUAUUCGCUGUGUUUUUCAAGCCUAGAAUUUGUGGUACUUACUCUUUUGUUUCUCAGUAUGACCCAGGCACAAUCUGCAAUGGUAUUAUAGUUGGAUUAGUAUCAUGCACAGCAUCUUGUGAUAAAAUAGAAGUCUGGUCUGCCUUUUUGAUUGGAACUAUCGGAUCUACUUUUUAUUCAGUUGGCUGCUUGCUACUACAAAAAUUCAAUAUUGAUGAUCCACUUGAAGCUUCUGCUGUUCAUCUGGGCGGAGGAACUUGGGGUGUUAUGGCAGUUAGCUUCUUUAACAAUGAAGUAGGUUUAUUCUAUGAUGCAUAAGCUGGUAUAAAGUAAUUUGGUCUCUAAUUACUAGGAGCAAUCGCUAUAGCUUGCUGGGUUUCUUUAAUAGUCGCUCCCUUCUUUUUGACCAUGAAGAAGUUUAACUUACUAAGAGUUCCAAAGGAGAUUGAAGUAGUUGGACUUGAUAUUUCAGAGCUAGGAGGAGUUCCAGAAGAAGUUUAUGCAAAACUAAGAAAAGACUUUGGCUUCCUUACUCCAAACUAGUCUCCAAUGCAAUCAUUUAAUAGAGGCGUUAAAAGAAGUAUGGUUGAUGAUCUUUUAACUGAAUCCAUAAAUAAAGACAAUGAAGAAUAAGUCAAGCAAAGAGUGGUAUUUAGCAAAAAUCUAAAGGCCGAUCACGAGACUAGCAAAUUCGGCCUGGAUUGA